CCUCUUUCUGUGUGUAAUGAAUAUUGCCACCCUGGUCAUCAUAAGAAAAGGAAGGAGGGUGAACAAUUUUGCUGCUAUGAUUGUGCUCCAUGUCCAGAGGGGAAGAUUUCAAACCAAACUGAUAUGGAAGACUGUUUCAAAUGCCCAGAAGAUCAAUAUCCAAGCAAGAAUAGAAAUCAAUGCAACCCCAAAGUUAUACACUUUCUGUCUUAUGAAGAACCUUUAGGGAAAGGCUUAGCUUCAACUGCAGCUUCUUUUUCUUUCAUCGCAACCUUGGUGUUUGCUUCUUUUGUUAAGCAUAAAGAUACCCCCAUAGUCAAAGCCAACAACCGGGACCUCACCUACAUCCUCCUGGUCUCCCUCCUGCUUUGCUUCCUGUCUACUUUUCUAUUCCUUGGCCAACCUGGGAAAGUGACCUGCCUUCUCCGACAACCAGCUUUCAGCAUCAUCUUCUCAGUGGCUGUUUCUUGUGUGUUGGCCAAAACCAUCAUAGUUUCUCUAGCAUUCAUGGCCACAAAACCCGGAUCCUCAGUGAAGAAAUGGGUGGGGGGGAAAGUGCCAUAUUCAAUUGCUGUUUCUGGUUCACUUCCUCAAAUGUGUUUUUGCACAGUGUGGCUCUCAACCUUUCCCCCAUUCCCUGAAUUAGACAUCCAUUCAGUAAAUGAAGAAAUCAUUGUUCAGUGUAAUGAAGGGUCCAUCACCAUGUUCUACUGUGUCCUGGGCUACAUGGGUCUCCUGGCCAUCAUCAGCUUCAUUGUGGCCUUCCUGGCCCGCAAGCUACCUGACAGUUUUAAUGAAGCAAAAUUCAUUACAUUCAGCAUGUUGGCAUUUUGCAGUGUUUGGCUGUCCUUUGUUCCAACUUACCUGAGCACCAGAGGAAAAGGCAUGGUGGCUGUGGAGAUCUUCUCCAUCUUGGCCUCCAGUGCUGUGCUUCUGGGAUGCAUCUUUUUCCCUAAGUGCUACAUCAUUGUGCUGAGGCCUGAACUGAACAGCAGGGAGCAGAUAAUGAGGAGAAAGAAUUAA